AUGCCAACAUCAAACUUGUCCCAAAUUGUAAAUCAGCAUCGGCCUGAUUUACAGCCUCUAGAAGAGCUGUAUAAGCAUCUUCACAGAAACCCCGAGCUAUCAAACCAAGAAGUUGAAACAGCAGCGACUAUCGCCGAAAGACUCAAAGCAAUUGGACCCGAAGAUCUUAUCAUAAAGCUUCAUAUUGGUGGCCAUGGUCUAGCAGCUAUUCUCCGCAAUGGUGAUGGUCCUACCGUUCUUCUGAGAGCAGAUAUCGAUGCUUUACCAGUUGAAGAGACGACUGGUUUAGAGUAUGCGAGUACCAAGCGGAUGCUUCACGCUGCUAGCGGGACAGAGAAACCUGUUAUGCACGCUUGCGGGCAUGACAUGCAUAUUGUGACUUUACUCGGUGCCGCAGCGACACUGUUCUCUUCGAGAAACUCUUGGUCUGGAACCUUGGUGCUUGCAUUCCAGCCAGCAGAAGAGCGAGGCACCGGCGCUCAAGCCAUGGUGGACGAUGGCUUAUACACGAAACAUGACGUUCCUAUUCCUGAUUUUGUUCUCGGGGCACAUGUGAGACCGCUCCGUACAGGCACAAUUGGUACUCGCAGAGGUCUCGUCGCGACAAGCGCAGACAACUUUAAAGUCACCAUCCAUGGCAAGGGCUCGCACGCGAGUAUGCCUCACACAGCCGUGGACCCAAUCGCCAUUUCAGCCAACGCAAUUCUCAAGUUACAGACUCUUGUGAGUCGAGAAGUUGAUCCAGCAGAGUCAAGCGUCGUCACCGUCACGAGCGUUCACGCAGGAGACGCUGAGAAUGUUAUCGCCGACUCAGCAGUUCUCGGCGUCGACACAAGAUCUACCACAACAGCAACACGUGAGCGACUUUUGAAGCGCAUCAGAACAGUCAUCGAAGCAGAAUGUUCAUGCGCCAACGUCCUGAAAAGUCCCGAAUUCGAACAAACUCGUGCUUUCCCUCUGACUAUUAAUGAUGUUGCUGUUACCCAAAGGGUUGAAGAGUCAUUUGCGGCACAUUUCGGUGAGGGAUCAGGGCAAUAUGAUAGGGAUAUGCCAAAGCUGGCUUUCAGUGAAGACUUUUCAAUUUUAGCAACUGCUGUCGACAAGCCUUAUUGUUUCUUUACGUACGGAUGCGUAGGCGAGGAGGCGUGGGAUAAGGCUGAGAAAGAGGGAACUGUUGCUCAGAGUAUUGCUGCGAAUCAUUCUUCCAAGUUUGCUCCAGUGAUUCAUCCCACGCUCAAGACGGGUUUGGAUGGAUAUGCACUUGGUGCUCUGACGUUUUUGGCCAAGGGGCAAUAG